AUGCGGAUCACGGCGCUGAUUCUGGGACUGAUCGAGGCCGUCGCCCGCGUCGCCAGUCUCGACAACCCGGAGAAAUUCGUUCCAUUGGUCAACGUCAGCGCGGUGGAGGGCGCAACCGUCGAACUACCCUGUGACAUCUCCUCGGGUAGGAACGACACGCUCUCCAUGGUUUUCUGGUUCAAGGACGAGGCGGGUGCAUCGCUCUACACAAUCGACGUUAGGGGCAGACCACUCUCCGAAGCGGUUCACUCGUCCGAUUCCUCGGUUUUCGGAAGGAGAGCUUACUUCAGGACGACCGUCCACUUGCCUGCGGUCUUGGUCCUGGAGGACAUCAGGAGGCACGAUGCCGCCAUUUACAGGUGCAGGGUGGAUUUCAAGCAAGGGCAGACCCGUAGCUUCAAAUACAACCUAACAGUGAUCGUGCCUCCCGAGCAGCCCGUCAUCCUGGACAACUGGGGCGGCAUCUUGAACGGCACCGCGGGUCCCUACAAGGAGGGCGAAAGCCUCAGCCUGAAGUGCAGAGUCACGGGAGGAAAUCCGGAGCCCAUUGUGAGAUGGCUGAUCAACGGCAGGAUCAUGGACCAGGAUUCCGAGCACAACAUGGGAGAUGUCAUCGAAAACAGAUUGACUCUGCAGUCGAUCAGUCGAGCAGACUUCGGAUCCAACGUCACUUGCCAGGCCCUGAACACGAAUCUAGUGGCCCCUAAGGAGACAUCCUUAUUCCUGGACCUUAACUUGAGGCCCCUAACCGUCACCAUGAAGACUCCUGAGGGUCAGGGUUUUGGCGGCAAGUCUCUAUUGGCUGGCAAACAUUACACCGUCGAAUGCGAGACGACGGGUUCAAGACCUUCUGCUGUCAUUACAUGGUACAAAGGACACAGGGCGAUGAUGCAUACAGAGGAGCAGAAGGCCGACAAUCGAACCAUAAGCAAAGCCAAGUUCUUGCCCACGGUGGAGGACGACGGUAAAAAGGUGAUCUGCAGGGCGGAAAAUCCCGUGUUCCCGGGGCUCCCUUUAGAGACGUCCUGGAUAAUAGACGUCGUAUAUGCUCCAAUAGUGUCUUUGAAACUGGGAUCAACUUUGAGUCCAGAAGACAUCAAAGAGGGUGAUGACGUUUACUUUGAGUGUCACAUCCAAUCUAAUCCGCGUUGGACAAAGCUCGUCUGGAUUCACAAUGACGAAGUACUGACCCACAACACCGCGGCGAAGAUCAUCUGGUCGAACCAAAGCCUCGUCCUACAACGCGUGACCAGGACCAGCGCCGGUCUCUACGUUUGUACAGUGACGAACCCCCUUAACGAGACCAGGAGCAAACCGCUUCCUCUUCGUGUCAAAUUUGCUCCGGUCUGCAAGGACGAUCGCAUCGUGGUCGUGGGGGCGUCAAGAGGCGAGUCCUUGGACAUCGAGUGCAGAGUCGAGGCCGAUCCUCCGGCUUCUUCCUUUCGGUGGAAAUUCAAUAACAGCGGGGAAACUUCGGAAGUCGCACCUUCGAGGUUCUCGAUUACGUCGGAAGGUAUCAGUGUCCUGAAGUACACGCCGAGUACGGAAUUGGACUAUGGGACGUUGUCCUGCUGGGCGGACAAUGCCGUGGGGACCCAGACGAGGCCGUGUAUGUUCCAGCUCGUCGCAGCCAGAACUCCAUUCCCGGUGCGCAAUUGCACCCUGGCCAAUCAGACGUACACGAGCGUGGAGGUGAAGUGCGUGGCAGGGUACGAUGGAGGGCUGCCCCAGAAGUUCGUCCUGGAGGUCUACCACGGGGAUUUGGAUUUCCUCCCGGACAUCGAACCUCUUUACAACGUGACGUCACAGGACGAGCCCGUUUUCGCCCUUUCCGGGCUGGAGGCCUCCGUCGACGCCGGGGUGCACGUCGCCGUGUAUGCCGUCAAUGCCAAAGGCCGGAGCUCCAAAGUCAUCCUCGGGGAAGUCACUUUCCGCGACGCGGAAAAGCGAACCGGUCAGGAUGCCGGAAUCGUUCUUUCUCCUCUUAUCGGAGUGGUGGUGGGCGCCUUGAUAACGCUGAUUCUUAUCGUCCUGGUGGUAGUCGUCAGGGCACGCAGGGAACGGACCUCGAAGCCACGACACGAGAAGCCUGCCGAACUCAGCGAACUGCCGACUCAACAAUAUCCUUUGCAAAACACGCAACAAACCGUGGAAAUUGAUCCGGACGUUAUUCCGAACAAAUUCGAGGGAAACAUGGUGGAGGUCAGCCCCCCGAGCUACCCCGGGGGGUACCCUCCGGCGCACUGGGUCACCCCUGGACCUACCCCAAGUAUAGACGAGUUGUGCCACAAGUUCACGGGCAGACCCACGGAACUGAGGCUACCCUCGAGGAGUACCAUCCCCUCGCUGCCAAGUGUCACCGUGACAGGGGUAGUCGUUGGCGGCGGUCAGGCGGUCAUAGUCGGAGGGGAGUGCUUGGACGGUGAAGCUAUCAAACGGCGUCUGAUGGCCAACAGGCUUCCGGAAAGUUGCGUCUAGAGGACCCUUCUCCCGAAGUUCCUGAUAUUCUUCCGGAAGUGACGCGCGCGAACCUCGCGCACUUCCGCGGUCCCUUCGACCCCCAGGAGUCGAUCCCUCCCGAAAAGGAAGAAGAAAGAUACGGGAAAUUUCACGAUAUUCAAAUCCCACUGCUGCGCAAAGCGAAGAGGUCCACCUGUUCACGCGAGAUCUGGUCGAAAUUCACCUGCGGCCAUUUUCUGCCACUAAUUGUUAUAAUAUUUCGACAGUGUUUAUUUUGAGGGAGCAGGGGAGAAAAUCCAUAUCGAAAGGGGCUGAUAGAGGAACCCUCGAAUUUGUCAGAGGCUGGACAUCCAAAGAGGUCGGGGCACGCUCGGAAGAAUUGAAACCGCUGGGCUCUUUUUUUUUCCUUUUUUUUUAAUUUUUAGGGACCUGUUGUAACUUUAUGACGAGAAGUUUCUACCUCCGGGAGGUCUGCCUCUUGAAGCCGCACGGUACGCGUAGUUUCCAUAGAGUGUUUAGGUAGUGCCGAGGAUGAUACUUGGGCAAGUUGUGUAUCGCGUUCAUGUUUCCGGAAUCGUGUCGAGAACUUCCUGCCAGUUUCUCCUCUGUAAACAUCGCCGCGAGGGUAAGGGAUUUUACACAUACCUCGGAAGUCAUUGCGCGUGUAAUCUCGAGGGGAGUUCAGGAAUUGAGCAAUUUUACGUGCCGUGGUCGAGACCCGAUUCGAUGUUUCCCUUCUUCCGAAUUCCUGCCAGUCCCGUCGAUGAGCCAAUGAAAAAAAAUGCAAUCCGUUGUUCUCCAUCUUGGCUGAUUUUUUUUUAACAGCGGGAGACGCUAUCUCUUCGCUUUAGGCAGCAGGUAACCACGUUUCUAUGAAAUUACGCAAAAGACGGUGAAAUGUACUUCCAGGGAAAGUGACUAGAAAGAAAACUAACGAAAUUCCAGAUGCCGAGAGUGCGAGGUGGAUCUCUAUACUUUUUACUGCGUUGAUAAGUACCAGACAAUAUUUAUAAAUAUAGAAACGAAGGCCAAUCGUAUAUCCGACCGUGGUUGAACGUAUUUCAAAAACGGUCGAGCAAUGAGAGAUAUAUAUGUGAGGUCCUAGAUGGAAACUGUACAUAAAUGUCUCAUCCGCUAUCGAGUCUUGAUAAUAGGUGGACGAGCCGCAAAGGAAAAAAUAAAUGGGAUUUCUGCCCGAAGGCCUGGGUAAAAAUCGAGAAAAUCAUGAAAAAGUUAAAUUCGAUGCUAAGCGAAAUUCAGAUUUAUCGAACCCGAGGGGAGUCGCGAAACAUUUCUCUUAGGUCGAAACACUCCUUCGUCUCAGCUUUGUUUGAAAGAACGACCAUUAAAAUUAAUCAUAUCGAAGUCUACUCGUGAGCCUGAAGGAAACGUUAGAGUUCUAAAGCCCGAAACCCAAUAUCUUGCAGAAUCGAAAAUGACGAUAUAAGAAAAUAAGGUGAAAAAUUCUAAGGAAUAAUUUCCCUAUCUAUAUUUUCGAAUCGAGCACUUUCCAUUACGAGGGUCGAUUUUUAUACACGUUUUACAAGAGUGUCGUCGUCCCCUGUAAUUGAAUUCCUCCGGCUUGGAAAUCUGCCCUCGAGUUGUUUCUAACGUCCGGCACUUACUCGUCUAGAUCAUAAGUGACUUCCGGUGUUCUCGUAGGACUGGAGGAAUUUGGUUCGGGAGAAGGAACCUAAUCACUAUUCCUAAGAAUGAGGAGGCACGAUUAGACGGACUGUUUAAUUGUGUAAUAUAAAUAAUUCGGUGACGAAGCCCGGGGACGUCUAAUUAGCGCGCGAUGACAUCGCUUUUGGAAAUUCGGGAGGUGCUGGAUCGACUCGAAAUCUCGGUGUAAAAAGAAAUUCGUUGCCCGUUAGUUAUGUCGUCGUGUCACUGUACAUACAUAUCCGUAUCGGACUUUCCUUCGAGCGUAUCAGACCUUGUCGUAAGAAAUCAAUCGAUAGAAAUGAGUCGUGCGAUGCGUACUGCGAUUAUUCUAAGAGAGGCUCGCGAAAAUUCCGAAAAUCAAGAUCACUCGCUUCCUCCUCGAGGAGAUGAUUUUCUUUUUUUUUAAUUUUUUUUUCCCCCCAAUAAAUGUUUCCAAAACGAAAAACUCCAUCCUCGCGAGUUGAGGGGCUACGGGGCGACAUGUUUGUACAUAUCUGGUGCAACGCACAUUCCGUGUAAAUUCAAUUGACAUCGUACCUUAAGCUCAUUGUAUAGGCGCCUUCAUAUCUCAACUCCAUAUCGUAUUC